AACUUCAUGAGAGUCUUAAACGAAAGCGGAGCUGUUGACUAAUACGGGCAAUUAAUCCCUCUUGCUAGUGCUUCACUAAGGAUAAGUUUCGGGAUUUCCGAGCGCCUGCAGUGAGGAUUAAUGUUUCUCGAGUUCAUUACCAGCUGGAUAGCUCAAAUACUUGAAUCCAAUAUCACUGUCACCGGAACCAGGAACCAUCCCCCCUAGCCCGCAAUCAUGGCUAGCAACAUUUCUGAUCUCCGCGUUGAGAUCAUCACGAAUGCGGAGGACAUCAUAAGCAGCUUCGACUGCGCGUGCAAGACCUUCGGUAGCCAGACCCAUGAUGCUAUCUGGAUCGUCAUGAACCCUGGUUGGGAUACCCCCGAGGGGAGAGCCAAAGGUGCUCAGCGCAUGGUGGACCGCUGGAGUGGUGUGAAGAAGGACAACAAGGGCGAACUGAACGUCAUGCACGUCAAGGCGACUCUGCCAGACCCCGAGCGAGAAGGCGAGCGUAUCCUAGUGGGCGUCGCAAUCUGGGUCCACGCAUCGGCCGUCGAGGGCCAGGGAGAUGUCCCAGUCGAGGACACCCGCGCCGACCUCGAAGCGCUGUAUCCUGGCAACGAGGCCGAGCAACGUUACGGCUGCCAGCUUCUCGAGUCGCUGCACCGACGACGUUUCGAGGUGAUCAGGGAAAAGGCGACCGCUUCACCGCCGACAGUCAUGGUUCUGGACCUUUGCGUCGUUGACCCGGUCUUCCAGGGCAAGGGCAUCGCGAGAAAGCUGGUGCAGUGGGGUUUAGAUGAGGCACAACGCCGGGGCGGGAUUGAGGCUAUUCUGGAGGGAUCUAGCAUGGGCAGACAUCUCUACGCAAAGAUGGGAUUUAAGGCCGAAGGGGAUGUUGAGUACAUUGUUGACGCCGAGUUUGCGGACCGAGACCGGCCGCCCAACCUUUUUAUGCGGACGCAAGGAUGAUGACCAUCUACUCAUUUCGUGUAAAUAAGUAAUGAUAGAGUAAUUGGAUUUCCCUUGAGGGACUUUCGAUGGCUAGAAUAGAGGCCGUUCUAGUACUUCUCAAAUUCGAUGUCAGUUGGAUAAAGU